UUCGACACCUGGCGCAGAACAGGCAACAAUCUCUUCAUCACUCUACCAAACCGACGUACUGUAAUUUGAAAACCAACGUGCGCAUAGAGAUUCUGCUGCGUACCAUCGCGACAGGCGACAGAACUAGGUGUUGCUGGACCCUGAAAGCACCCUGGCAUCUACCUCAGCCUUAUCUCGAACCGACUACUGCGCAACGAAUCACUCUCGCGCAACAUCUAUUUCUAAUAAUAUAUUACGCUUUAUCUUACUACUAAACCUGACAUCAUGCGAUACCUCGCGUCCAUUGCUUUUGUGUACGCUUUCGCAGCCUCAUGCGCAGCUCUUAGCAUACCACCACCACAAGAUAUACUCAGCCUGGAUCCCGUUAACCUUUCCAACGAGAAUGCCAUUGAUCCUUGCUCGCUUGUCGACUCGAUAAAUGUUAAUGCUAGCGUGCAACUGUCAAGCUGGCUUGAAUGCCAGAUAAACGGUUUUUACCCAUAUCCAGCAAACACCGACUGGUCCAACGGUCACGCAUCCGCAUUUUCAAGGAACCUCAAAUUCACUUUUAAUGACACACACUACGACUUCGAUGGCUCCCUGAAGCUGUACAAGAGCUUCAAUGAGACACUAGGCCGAGCGUUUGACCCUUUCAAUCAUGGCUUCAUUAAUACCCUCGGUAUCCCUAAUGCGAAUGGCGACAAGGGAGGCUUCGUCUACAUGGUCGGAUGGGCCGGCGGCUUCCAAACACGAGCGAAACGUGACAUGUACUUCACUAAUGCAGCCUUCGCGCUGGUCCGGGAAGAAAAUGGGAAACGGAAGAUCGUUGAGUUUAGGGAGAGCAGUAAUAUUCCCAAUACGGCGCCGCUGCCGGAGCCAAAUGAGUGGGGGUGUUCCUUCAAAUAGGGCCAGAUAGGCUUGUAGAUAGAACAGCCAAGUCUAGAGGGAAAUUAUUGGAAGACAUCGGAACCAUGCGUCUUGUUAUCAGUUCAAAAACCAAGUUUGCAUAAUGUCUCACGCGCUUUCUGUUUAUUCAAUAC